AGAGAAGAUGGCAGAAGAAACUCCAGCUCCAGCUACUACGCCGGCGAAGGCACCUGGCAAGGCGAAGAAAAAGAGCUCUUCCCGGACCCAGAGCUCCGGUCCGAGCCUUCCGAAGCUCAUCCUCGCCGCCGUGGCUGAGUCUAAGGAUCGGAAAGGCAUCUCAUCAGCCAAGCUCAAGAAGGUGUUGGCUUCCAAAGGCGUCGAUCUGAGCAAGUCCAACAAACGCAUCAACGUCACCAUCAAGUCCCUGGUGAGUAAAGGAAAACUCAUCCAGGUGAAGGGAACCGGGGCGAGCGGCUCAUUUAAACUGGCCAAGGAAACCAAAGCGGAGAAGCCGAAGAAGAAGAAACCGGCCACUCCCAAGAAGAAAUCUGGUAAGGCCAAGAAGGCUGAUGCCAAGAAGUCUCCAGCGAAGAAGAAGCCAGCCGCGAAGAAGGCAGGUGGAAAGAGCACCCCGAAGAAGAAGUCAGGGAAAAAGCCGGCGGGGAAGAAGCCAGCUGCCAAGAAGCCAGCUGCCAAGAAGCCAGCUGCCAAGAAGCCAAAAGUAACCAAGGUUAAAGUCCCAGCGAAGAAGGUCCAGAGGAAGAGUCAGGUGAAGAAGUCAGCCACGAAGAAGGGACCAAAGAAGGCAGCGAAGAAAUAAAGUGAUGUUGUAAUAGACACACAAACCAAAGGCUCUUUUAAGAGCCACCACAGCCUCCACUAAAGAGCAUUCCAUUCAUUAUGAUCUAUAGUCAGAUCACAGGCAUGGUGGAAGUACUGAAGUACAGGGUUCCCACUAACAUGA